AUUUGUCUAUAUAUCUAACUAAAAAAAAAUCCUCCCAAAAAAAAAACCAUUAGUGUUUGUAAAACAACACAUACACAAGAAAAAAUGGGAAGAGCUCCAUGUUGUGAUAAAGCAAAUGUAAAAAGAGGUCCAUGGUCUCCAGAAGAAGAUGCUAAACUUAAAGAUUUUAUUCACAAAUUUGGUACUGCUGGUAAUUGGAUUGCACUUCCUCAAAAAGCAGGACUAAGGAGAUGUGGUAAAAGUUGUAGAUUGAGAUGGCUAAAUUAUUUAAGGCCAAAUAUAAAGCAUGGUGAUUUUUCUGAUGAAGAAGAUAGAGUUAUUUGUAACUUGUAUGCCAAUAUUGGAAGCAGGUGGUCAAUUAUAGCGGCUCAAUUACCAGGAAGAACAGAUAACGAUAUCAAGAAUUAUUGGAACACGAAGCUCAAGAAAAAGCUCAUGGGAUUAAUAAUACCUAAUAACAAUUCUUCUUCUUAUAAUAAUAAUAAUUACCAAAAAAAAUUACCAUAUUUUCCAUCUACUUCUCUUCAUCAAGCCCAACAAAAUCUUGGGCCUUUUAUUACUGGCCAAGAACAGCCCAUUAUUAUUCCAUCAGCCCAACAAAAUAUUAUGUACACCAAUAACAACAACUUGAUGAUGAUAGCCAAUAAUUUGCAAAAUUAUCCAAAUUUUGGUGCUACAAAUUAUAAUUUGCAAAAUUAUCCAAAUUUUGGAGAAGUUGCAAGUUGUUCUUCAUCAGAUGGAAGUUAUUGCAGUCAAAUGAGUUUUGGUACUAAUAAAGAUAUUAUUAAUAUUAAAAGAGAAGAAAUUAUGAGCUUUGGUCAUCAUGAUGGUGCUAUUUAUGAAGAAAUUAAUAACCAACAAUUUAAUUUUGGUUAUUUUGGAAAUACUAUGCAGGAGAUUGCUACAAGUUGUUGUACCAAUGGCAAUAGUGGUAGUACUACCCAUAGUAGUAAUAAUUUGUUGUUGUACAAUAAUGAUGAAAACUGUAACAAGUCAAAUGAGAUAGGGAUGUUUUAUUACUAAAAAAAUGUAAGUACAAUUAUGGAAGAUGUGAUAGUUGUUGUGUUGUUGGGGGUAUGGGGUUAUUGCCAAGUAGAUUUUGGACUUUUUUUUUUGGGGUUUUGUGUAGCUCUACUUAUGUUGGAAUUGAAUGGAAAAGAACUUCCAGAUUUC